AUGGGGAGAAUUGGGUGGGGAGCACAUGGGAGACGAGGCAUGGGGACGUGGGAGGACUCUGUGGGCCGACUGUGGCUCGCGCUCUCUGCCGAUGGGCUCAAGUCUUCCCUCCGAUGCAACGUGUUUGGUCAUGGGCCCCAUUGGUUUGAAGCGGCCUCUCAAGAAGAGUUUUGGUGUCUGUCUUUUACUGCAUGGUUGGAGCUCUGUGGUGAACCCACAGUGCUGGACCCAGUGCUGGGAAUGAGGAAUGUAUGGCUUGCCUGGUUGCCAUCUUUUCGACAGGGAUUAGCAUUUGUGAGGAUCCUCCAUUGUAGGCAGCAUGGCAGGUGGCUCCGCCGUGCUGGGGGACGUUGUUUCGGUCCAUUGUACCCAAUGGACGGCAUGAACGUGGCACAGGCUGGCAUGUCCGUGGGAGCCGCCCGCGGUUCGGAGGGCGUCCAACACGCUAUUGAUCACUUUGGGGGGCAAUGGAAUGUGAGAGCUUGA